AUGUCGUACUACACGGGCACGACCCCAGCGUCAGCGUACAAGCCUCAAGCUCAGGUGCGAGUCGAAGGGUUUCAUAUGCCAUCGCCUGGGACGCCACCAGGUUCCUCAGGGACCAACAACUCUGCGGGCUCGAACAACGGCGCCAACACCACUAACAGCGGCGGCAGCCUCAACGAUCUAUUCCCGCAUAGCUUCCUGCCCGAUGCUUUUCGCAAGUUCCCGCCCCCAGCAGGCUCGGGCGAAGGCAGCCAUGACUUCAACGACGACCUCGUGUCCUUGAUUGGCGAUCGAAACGGCGGGCCCGCUGGGGCUGGCGGCGGUGGAGGCAGCGGCGGCGGCGGGGGCAACACAGGCGCGAGCGCUGGCGGUGGCAGUGGAGGCGCUUACGAGGAAGGUUAUCACCGCCCCCACAACAUCUUUGACGUUUCCAGCCCAAUCCCUGUAAACUCAAACCACCCAAAUGGUGCACACAAUGGCCCCGGCAGCCAGCCCAGCUCCCUUCAUUCCCCUUCCACAUCGCUGCACGACUACCAGCACCAUCCCCCGCCUCAUUUCAACUCGACUCUGCCGGCCCUAAACUCGUCCAUGCGCUAUGAGCCUCCGCCAGAAAACAAUCCCCUGACGCCCUCGUCGCCCAAUGUUCCCCCUUCCUCUUACCAUGUACCACAUAACGGGUUUACGCGACAUACCCCAUCACCUAGUCAUUCUCACCCUGGUUCAAUACCCAUCGACGGUCGGUCAAGAUCGCGGUCAAGACCCCCAUCCUCAGGAGCUGCAGGACCGGGAUCGGCUACAUCUGCAGCCAUGAACGCUCUCAAUUCGGGAGGUGUUGGGCCUGCACGAACGACGCGACCCCGGCGAGGAAGCAGUAUCAGUGGAACCAGCCCUCCACCUCUGCACGGUCGUCCUCAUGCAAUCGUGAUCCCGGGCGGCAGUCGUCCCUCCCACAGUAACGUUGUCGGAAGUCCUAUAAACGGCAGUGCCGGCCCAGGGAGCAAUCCCUGGUUCAUGGCCAACGGUCAAACCCAAUACUCGACCGAUUACCUCCCCACCCCAGAUCCCUCGUCUCAAUCUGGCUAUGGCCAUUUUUCCCUCUCACCUCCGCCCCAGUCUUCUACCAACACAGGCUCCGAUCUUUCGCACCAUUUACCUCCAUUGCACCACAUGGCGCAUUCCCUUCCAAAAUCGCCCAUGGAACAGCAUGUUCCUCACCCCACGCACCAGCAUCAUCUCUCGGGAAGCGGGAUGCCAAAAUCCCCUCUAGACCAUCCGUAUCCAUCCUCGUACGGUUUUGGAAGUGGGAACGUAAAUGGUACCGGAGGUGGCAGUCCGCCCGGUGCGAGUCCAGGCAGUCUGCCUAACGGAAUGGGGUCAGGGUUGGGGAAUGGGUCCAUGGGAGCCGGUGGGGUGACCCCCACGCCCUCGAGCUAUGGCAUGAGCAACAUGGGCAUGAAUAUGAACAUGGCGGGGUUGCCAGGUAGUGCUCCCAGCGGCGGCAUUCAGCCACCCCAGGCGAUCAUCAGCGGUGGGACUCCCGCGUCUACUGCCGCUCUUUCAGCAUCGGAUAAGCAAGCCUUGCUCGCCAACGAGAAGCGUCGAAGACGUAGGGAAAGCCAUAACGCUGUCGAGCGGAGACGCCGGGACAACAUCAACGAGAAGAUCAGCGAGUUGGCGACUCUCAUUCCCGAGUGUAUGCUCGAAGGAGCAGGCCCCCCGAAUGCCAAGGAUACUGGCGUAUCGAUUACCCCGCCCUUGACUGAAGACGCCCUCGUUCCUAAACCCAAGGAAGAGCCUCUGAAGCAGGAAAAGGAUGAGGAUGGUACGAUACCCCCAAGUGGCACCCAAGAAGGCGGCACUGUCGUCAAAGCGAACAAGGGUAUGAUCUUGCGGAAGAGUGUCGAGUACAUCAGAUACCUCCAACAACUGGUCACCGCCCAAGGCGCACGUAACCGGGAACUGGAGCAAGAGUUGCGCAAGUUCCGCGGUUCGUCUGUAUCCUCUGAUUCGCCUUCCUCGAACAGCGGCGAAGGUGGUGCCAAUCCUGGUACGGACUUUGCUUCUAUGUUCCGAAUUCGGGAAGUAUUGACUCUGGACGAUGAAGACGAUGCGGAUGGGGAUGACUCGAUGAGUCUGGGGAUGGGAGGGGAGGAGAUGGUGUUGCAUGAUGAGAUUGUGGGGAGUCCGACUUUGACUGCUGCUACUGCUACUGCAGCCGCCACUACCACCACCACUGCCGCUAAUGGUGGUGCUACUGGUGCGCCUGCUGCGCCGCCUGCGAGGAAGGGACAUCACAAGCACUCUUCGUCGACGUCGAGGCCUAAACCGCCGAGACUGCCUUCUAUGCCUGAGGAAGACAUGGAGGUUGACAAGAUGAGCAAUGCGGGUGAUGUUGCUAAUGAUGGGGAGAGUUUGAGCCCCGGUAGUUCUACGAAUGAGGGGGGUAAUAGUGGUGACGCUGAGGAUCAGGAGAGGGGUCGGACGCGGGGUGUGAGGGGUGUGCAUGGACAGGGUGGGGGUGCCCAGGGACAGCAGGGGCAGGGUAUGGGCACGGGUGUGAAUGGGAGCAUGAAGGAAGAGAUGUUGGAUGAGGGAGGUGACCAUUCGAUGGGCGCUAUGGAUAAUAUGUUUGGGAUGAUGAAUGGGCACCAUGGACAUCAUCAGAUGAAUCAUCACCAACAGCAGGUUAUGGGGUGGUAG